GGCUUGUCCUGAGCGCGGAGAGGGCGAGCUCAGGCUGCAGGCAGGGUGGGAGCCAGCAGUCGGCAUCCGAGGGAGGCUGAGAGGCACAAAGAUUGCAGUAAUAUCCGUUAUAACCAGCCAUCUAACCAACCCCCAACACACACACACCCAUCCCACCCGCCGGGAGAGGCAGCCAGAGACCCUCUCUGUGCCCAGGGAAAAAGCCCUAGCCAUGAGCAAUCAGUACCAGGAGGAGGGCUGCUCCGACAGGCCGGAGUGCAAAAGUAAAUCUCCAACUUUGCUCUCCUCCUACUGCAUCGACAGCAUCUUGGGCCGGAGAAGCCCGUGCAAAAUGCGGCUGCUAGGAGCCGCGCAGAGUUUGCCCGCCCCGCUGGCCAGCCGCGCUGACCAGGAAAAGGCCGUGCAAGGUAAGGCUGUGCCUAUUAGGCACCUGCAAAGAGCGCUGGGCACUGGUUUGGAUGUUCCAUGUUUGGGGGGCCAGGGGCCUGGGGCUUGGCAAGUUGGAGACCAGGGAAGGAGAGGGGACAACUCUGAGGCCUGGUGCCUCAAAGGAGCGCUGAACAUCUCUCUAGGGGCUGUCUCUCCCUCUCUCCUCUGCUUCCAGAAAAUGCAGAGGCCCAGCUUCGCUUCAGGGACCCUUAGGUUCUCGUGUCCGUGGAUAGGUAGUUUAACUGCUCCUUUCGGUGGCCUUGGAUAUGCUGUGAAGAGGGCCAGUGGGUCUCCCGCCCGCCUCCCACUGUGGGCUUUGGGGGACCAGGUCAGGCCAGGGCCGCUUCGCCCCGCAGGGGUCGCCCGCCGCAGGGCAGCGCCCCUCUUGCCAGCCUGUGCCCCUGUGGAGGAGCAGCGCGCAGAAGUGGUGUGCAAAGUUUUCAGAGUUGGCGGCGCGGGCGCGGAGGACGACGAGGAGGAGCUGCUGGAGGACGAGGAGGAUGAAGACGAGGAAGAGGAGCUGCUGGAGGACGACGAGGAGGAGCUGCUGGAGGACGAUACCCGCGCGCUGCUCAAGGAGCCCAGGCGCUGCGCGGUGGCCGCCACCGGUGCGGUGGCCGCAGCUGCCGCAGCCGCCGUGGCCACGGAGGGCGGGGAGCUGUCGCCCAAGGAAGAGCUGCUGCUGCACCCGGAGGACACUGAGGGCAAGGACGGCGAGGACAGCGUGUGCCUGUCUGCGGGCAGCGACUCGGAGGAGGGGCUGCUGAAGCGCAAACAGAGGCGCUACCGCACCACGUUCACCAGCUACCAGCUGGAGGAACUGGAGCGGGCCUUCCAGAAGACUCACUACCCGGACGUCUUCACCAGGGAAGAACUGGCCAUGAGGCUGGACUUGACUGAGGCCCGAGUCCAGGUCUGGUUCCAAAACCGUCGGGCCAAGUGGCGCAAGCGGGAGAAGGCUGGCGCGCAGACCCAUCCUCCGGGGCUGCCCUUUCCCGGGCCGCUCUCGGCCACCCACCCGCUCAGCCCCUACCUGGACGCCAGCCCCUUUCCCCCGCACCACCCCGCGCUGGACUCGGCUUGGACGGCCGCUGCCGCCGCUGCCGCCGCCGCCUUCCCGAGCCUACCUCCGCCUCCGGGCUCGGCCAGCCUGCCGCCCAGCGGGGCGCCGCUGGGCCUGAGCACUUUCCUCGGAGCCGCUGUGUUCCGGCACCCGGCCUUCAUCAGCCCUGCGUUCGGCAGGCUGGCGGACCCGGCCACGGCGGCCGCGGACAGACGCGCCUCCAGCAUAGCCGCGCUGAGGCUCAAGGCCAAGGAGCACGCCGCGCAGCUCACGCAGCUCAACAUCCUGCCGGGCACCAGCACGGGCAAGGAGGUGUGCUAAAGGCUGCCCUCCACCCGCGCGCCCCGAAAGGUCACCUCAGCACCACUCAAGACCAAAUGGAAACAGAGGACCAGCACACUCCUGAGACGGCACUGAGAGAGCGCAGCCGCCUUCGCAGCAGCCCGCACGCGGGCGAGGCAGCCCUCGGCGCUAACGGACGUGGCACCUCCUCGGCUGGCUGUCCCCCCCCCGCCCCCCUCCCUGUCCCCGCCACUGCCAACCUCGCUCCAACUCGAACGUCCACUUUCUCCCAUUCUUACUUCGCUGAAAAUACCGGGGAGGUUUUCUCCCCAAGACGCCUGGUUAUUUGCUUUUUUUUUUUUAAAUAGCAUUUUGGCGCUCCAAUUUGAUCUCCCCAGCGCGGCCCGGCGUGGAGCCUGGGCCAGGGAAGUGAAUGCGAGUCUGUAAGAUAGCUAACAGUGCACUUAAAGGAAAGGGGCGUCUUGUUCUUGUUCUCUUCUUUAUCAUACACCAACCAAGGUUUUUAUAUCAAACCAAAGGGAAAUACUCUGCUAGAAUAUGGACUGUUGAAGUCACCAAACUGUGAUUAUUGAUCCUGUACAUACCAUUGUUAUUAAAAAAAAAAAAAAAGAACAGAGCUUUGUAUAUUUGAAAUGUUAUAACGCAAUUGCACUCAGCGUGGUAUGGUAAAAGUUUGUCCUCCUGUAGAUUCUUACUGUGUUGUAGAUACGGUAGGGUUCCUAGACAAAUAUUUAUGUACUCAAGCCCUUUAUUUAACUUAUUAACUGUAGAGGCUUCCGAAACCUUCAAGAUAAAGGCAAUGGUACAGUACUUUUGUGUAAUGUGUAACUGUUAUCACUUUUCCUUGCUAUCUAGUGGAGAAGUGUCACGCUCAAAAUAAAAAAAAAAAUUAUAUGUUUAACAAUA